AAGCAGGUGUAGCGCUCUAUUGACCCACCAUCUCCGUGGAUAGUUGAAAAAGAAGGUGAAAUGAAAGCUAAAAUGGCGAAGCCGAGCAAAAAAUACAAUUUAAGAGAGAGAAAGUAGUGAGAGAAAGUGUAUGAGUGUGUGUGUUUGUAUGUCAGGUAAGUGGCUGUAGGCGUAGGGUCAGAUGGUCUCCCCAUCCUCAAGGCGUGGCCGUUUAUAUAUUCCCUCUCUUCCUUCCUCAUCAUCAGAUCAAUAAUCUUCUUCUUCUUCCUCCUCAUCCUCCUUUUCCUUUUAACUUUUCUUCAUUGCCCAUUAAUUUCCAGUAACCAAAUCUCCCCAGAAUUACAGCAAAACCCAUGGCCAUAAUGGACAAACUGAUAAACUACUGAAUUUUUAAGUUUUUCUCUGUUUUUUGUUUCUCAAUUUCUUCGUCUUUUUCGUUCUUCUUAAGUGCUUCAAUUGAAUCCUUUUCAGCGAUGCUUACAUUUUGUAUUGUUAUGGGUUAACAAAAAGUUCAAUUACAAAAAGAAAAUCUCGAUUUCUUUUGUCUCUGUUCAUGUCCUGUUGUUACUGCACGUCUGGUUUCCUUUUAAUCAGUCUUUUGGGGCAUUGGAGCGUGAAAUCCGGGGGGAUGGAUUUAAGAAUUUUUUCUCUCUUUUGAGCUUUGUUUCAAUUUUCACUAAUGGAAGUCACUGAAAUUUUAGUUUUGGUAACACCCUUUUUUCCGUCCAUGGCGGUUUCCGAUCAUUUUCACCCGCUGUUGUCUUUUCCGGGGAAUUAGAUCUAGAAGUAGAAUUAGCAAGUGAGAAAUGAUGGCCGGUGGCGGUGGUGGUGGAUGUUUACCUUCUCCGACGAGUAAUAAUAGGAAAUUGAGUUCGUCUUUCUUUGGUUCUCCGAGAUUGUUUACAAGUUCUUCUUCAAAGGGAUUGUCUGAAACCGAGGCUGUAAUGAGUCCAACUUCAAUUCUCGAACCGUUUUUGGGUCUGAGAAAUUCGUUUUGGGCAGAAUCAAAUUCGCCCAGAACGCAAUUUACAGAGUCCAAACGGCCGUGGGAUUCCAAACGGAUCGGUCUCGGCAUUGUCGACGCUUUAACGGAAGAGAAUUCCGAUCCGAAACCCACAAAACCCGAUACCCGAAUGGUUCUAUUGGGAUCUCAAUUGAAAAUUCAAAUUCCUCCUCUUCCGUCGUUUGUUUCUCCGGCCGACGAGUCUCUAAUUUCGCCAGUCGAAUUCGGGAUCAAGACGAGGAAUUCCCAUCUGGGUUCCUUAUCCCCUGUUUCAUCUCUGUCUCCGGCGAAGAAAUCGGCGUUUGGAUCAUCGAGCUCCGGCCAGGAAACUCCAAAUUCCCCUCUGGUUUUCACCGGCUGUCUCUCCGCCGGAGAAAUCGAACAAUCAGAAGAUUAUACUUGUGUGAUCUCUCACGGCCCAAAUCCUCGAACCACUCACAUAUUCGGCGAUUGCGUAAUUGAAAGUGGCUCCGGCGUGUACUCGCCGGUGAGAAAAGAAAAUGGGUUUUUCAGAGACCGAACGAGUUUUUCCUCUGAAAAUUUCCUCAGUAUCUGUAACAAUUGCAAGAACAAUCUCGAACAGGGCAAAGAUAUUUACAUGUACAGAGGUGAAAAGGCAUUUUGCAGCCAUGAAUGUCGAUACCAAGAGAUGAUGUUAGAGGAAGAAGGAGAGGAUUGAAUUUGAAGAAACACCAUGGAAAUAACUGGAAUAUGAUCAUCAUUAAUCAUUAAAACAAAGGUGGGAUUUGAUUUUCUUGGAUUUUCCGGGAAAACGAUUCCCAUGUGUUUGUGCUCUGUUUCCCCCUUUUUCUUUUUGGCUAUUUUUGUUACCAAGUACAGUGACCCAAAAGCUCGAUGAUGUACAAUUGGAAUUUUGUUGUAUGUUUAAUUAGAGAAUUUAAUUUCCCAGUACGUAUACACCUUCUUUUUAUUUAUUA